AAAUUUGUCGAAAAAUGUGUCACACACACAAAGGUAUUGUACAUCUCGGACGGAACUCGUUUUAAAAAGUAACGAAAAAAAUCCAGAAAAAUUGUUGUUUACUACUGUUUCGGCAUUCGGCUCUUUCUUUGUUCCUCUACUUUCCAACUUGCCAAGUAAACUGCUCCAGUUACAAUCGAUGGAUAUAAGCAUAAUGCUAGAUAUCGUAUAAAAUCGAAUGAAGAAAACUCUAUGAAAAUCAUAAGAUAUUCUGUCUAGAAAUCUGGCAACAUUGAAUUGGCUUUCCAAGAAAAUCGAAAGAGAUAAAUUCCAAGUCUUAACGAAGGCACCAUGAUCAAUGCCCAGCGAGAAGAUCGUUGUCACAAAAGCUCCCUGAACCUGCUGGACAAAACGCUGCCCAUUUCGGUGGCCACCGCACCACAGUUGCGCACUCGUCGGGAAUUUAGCUUCAAUGGCAUGCGUUAUGAGAUGAGUGGGUUGCUGCAUCCGCCGCAGCAAGUGCAGCUCACCAGGUUGAGAGCGGGUGGACAAGGAGGUGGCUCCCAGGGGAGAAUAAGGAGCGAGAGCUCCUCGGAAAGAGUGCGAACUGGUGGCUCCCAGGAGAGACUUGCUCCUGGUAAAUGCAACUCUGAGGCAGCUGGCGGGGAUCGAUCGGAGUCCCAAAAGAGAGUUUUUCCCAAGCGGCUGAAUCUUAGCAAAGCUGCCAAACCAACCUCCAACUAUUCCCUUCAAACUGAAGUGCAAGACAAGAAGAGGGAGGAGGAGGUUUUAAAACGGCUUAAGAAUUCGCGUGGCCAGAAGCCACAACCAUCGAAGGAGCUGGAUAAGGAGCUUAAGAAUUCGCGCGGCCAGAAGCCACAACUAUCGAAGGAGCUUAAGAAUUCGCGUCGCCAGAAGCCACAGCCACCGAUGGCUAUGGAGCUGCAGCUGGAGGAGAGUAGCACUCAGCAAAGCUGGCUGCUGGCCCAAUCCCUGCUGAGGGCCUACGGCGAGGGAACACCCUCCAAGAUGGACUACAUCACCCUGGCCGGCUUGGUGCUCGGCUGUGUGGCCUCGCAGGCGCUCUUUCUGCUCUGCUGGUACUUCAGCUGGCUGAAGAUGCGGGCCGUGGACCUGCGCCGACGCUUCCUCGGCAAUGCCAACCUGUGGGAGUUCUUCGACCUGGAGGACACCAGGCGGUACUCGGUGCAGACCAAGUUGCUGCUGACACCGCUGAUCCUCGUCGGCGGCCUGCUCUACGGAGUGCUCAGCAUGCUGCAUCUGGGGGUGCAGGUGGUGCGAUCGGAUGUGCCGCGCACAGUGGUUGUGUUUGUCCAGCGGGUGGCGAACAGUGGGCUGCUGGGCACCAUCACCAUGGGACUGCGCGGCGGACGAAGCGCUGUCCCCGUACGCCGAUGACCCAUAUGCAAAGGGGAUAACAAGGGGAUUCAACAGAUCUAAAUCGAUUCCACAUGCACCAUCUUACUUAUAACCUACAACUUGCUACCUGAUCAUUUGUCAUGUCUUGGUGGUCUAUUAAAAAGAGCAACAAAAACUUGGCUCGUUGAUUUGCGUGUGUGUUAUUGACCUUUAACCCUGGGCUGAGGAUGCAAUCCAUUUCGAUAACCCAUUUAUUUGGUUGAGGCUUGAAUAUCAAUGGCUUUAUUAAUUACAAUUAAUUUCG